AUGAACAGUCUACGGAAUUUCGCAAAUGUCGGUAUCAUAGGUGGAGGCUUCAUUGGUGCUGCUGCAGCUCUUACUUUAGGCUUAUCUCAGUCAUUAUAUACAGUGGAUGGAGGUCAUCGGGCAAUUAUGUUUAGUCGUAUUGGUGGAGUGCAAGAUGAAAUAUUUACGGAAGGCUUACACUUCAGAAUCCCGUGGUUUCAGUACCCUAUUAUAUAUGAUAUUAGAUCUCGACCACGAAAAAUCACGUCUCCAACUGGUAGCAAAGAUCUUCAAACGGUUAACCUCACAUUGCGCGUAUUGUCUCGACCUGAAGUGUCACAGCUUCCACACAUAUAUCGUACGCUGGGGACUGAUUAUGAUGAACGGGUUUUACCAUCCAUAGUCAAUGAGGUUCUAAAGGCAGUUGUUGCUAAAUUUAAUGCUAGUCAGUUAAUUACUCAGCGUCAGCAAGUAUCAUUGCUGAUUCGCAAACAGCUUGUCGAAAGAGCUAGUGAUUUCCAUAUAAUUGUUGAUGAUGUCUCCAUCACUGAUUUAACUUUUUCACAAGUUUACUCUGCUGCUGUUGAAGCGAAACAGAUUGCUUUACAAGAAGCACAGCGUGCGCAGUUCCUCGUAGAACGUGCGAAACAAGAACGUCAGCAGAAGAUAGUUACUGCUGAAGGUGAAGCUCAGGCCGCAAAACUGAUUGGUGAUGCCCUUUCUCAAAAUCCCGGAUAUCUUAAGCUUCGGAAAAUAAAAGCGGCUACGCAAAUCGCUCGAACGGUUGCUCAGUCUCAAAAUCGUGCAUUUCUACAUUCUGGCUCUUUAAUUCUCAAUGUUGCUGAUCCUAAAUUCGACGCCGGUCUAGAUAUUUUAAAGAAAAAAUAA